GCGAUGUAACUAGACAACGUGCGCCUUGCCGGCCCGCACCGCUGUAUUCACCCCUGCAGGUGGAGCGCUCUGGGUGGCCGCUGUCGGAACGCCCGGACUGGAGCGGGUGCCGUCGGUGGAGGGCGCAGUGCGCGGAGUCCGGCGCAGCGAGGCGGAAGCGGCAGCUCCGACCUUGCGAGCAGCAGCAGCCGGCGGCGUGGGGCAGCAGCAUUGGCCGUCAUGUACCUGUUGAAAGCCGCCCUCUCGAUGUCAUGGAAGCUGGCGCGGCCCGCCGUUUUGCGCAGUGUCCGGCGGCAGGUUCUUAUGAACGCUUGUCGACAAUGUUCAUCUGGAAUAUUACCUAACAAAAUGAUUAGGAAUAUAGGAAUCUCUGCGCACAUUGACUCUGGGAAAACAACACUGACAGAAAGAGUUCUAUACUAUACAGGAAGAAUAGCUGAAAUGCAUGAGGUAAAAGGAAAAGAUGGGGUGGGUGCUGUAAUGGAUUCCAUGGAACUGGAACGGCAAAGAGGUAUCACUAUCCAAUCCGCAGCCACUUACACGGUAUGGAAAUCAAGGAAUGUCAAUAUAAUUGAUACACCAGGACACGUUGAUUUUACAAUAGAGGUGGAACGUGCAUUAAGAGUUUUGGAUGGAGCUGUUCUAGUUUUAUGUUCAGUUGGUGGAGUUCAGUGCCAGACAAUGACUGUAAACAGACAGAUGAAGCGUUACGGUGUUCCAUUCCUUACAUUCAUUAAUAAAUUGGACAGGUUGGGAGCUAAUCCCAAUCGUGCUCUUCAACAAAUGAGAUCAAAGUUGAAUCUUAACACUGCAUUUGUUCAAAUUCCAAUUGGUCUGGAAGGAAACUUUAAUGGCAUUAUUGAUCUCAUAGAGGAACGUGCAGUUUACUUUGAUGGCCAGUUUGGUCAGAAUAUUCAGUAUGAUGACAUUCCUGCUGAUCUGCGUGCAGAAGCUACAGACAGACGUCAAGAGCUGGUUGAGUGUGUGGCCAAUGUGGAUGAGCAGCUUGGAGAAAUGUUUCUUGAAGAGAAAGUUCCUACAAUUGGUGAUCUGAAGGCUGCUGUAAGGAGAGUAACUAUUAGCAGGUUAUUCUCUCCUAUGUUAGUGGGAAGUGCUUUGAAAAAUAAGGGUGUGCAGCCACUCUUGGAUGCUAUUCUAGACUAUCUACCAGAUCCAAGUGAAGUCCAAAACUUUGCCAUUGCCAACCAAGUGAAUUCAGAAGGCAAAGUUAAAGUUCUUAUGGACCCAAAAAGAGAUGCUUCUCACCCAUUUGUAGGUUUGGCCUUCAAACUGGAGGCAGGCAAAUUUGGACAGUUAACAUACAUUCGAGUUUACCAAGGCAUGCUAAAAAAAAGUGAGAACAUCUACAACACACGAACUGGCAAGAAGAUACGGGUGCAGCGCUUAGUUCGAAUGCAUGCGGAUCAGAUGGAGGAUGUGGAAGAAGUUUUUGCUGGUGACAUUUGUGCUUUAUUUGGCAUUGAUUGUGCUAGUGGCGAUACAUUUACCUCAAAAACAAACAGCAAUCUUUCAAUGGAAUCUAUUCAUGUACCUGAACCUGUGAUAUCAGUUGCAAUAAAGCCUGUCAAUAAGAAUGAUUUGGAUAAAUUUUCCAAAGGAAUUGGCAGAUUUACACGAGAGGAUCCUACUUUUAGAGUUACUUAUGACACUGAGAGCAGAGAGACCAUUGUAUCAGGAAUGGGUGAAUUGCACAUGGAAAUUUAUGCACAGAGACUAGAAAGAGAAUACAAUUGUCCGUGUGUAAUGGGAAAGCCUAAAGUUGCCUUCAGAGAAACCAUCUCUUCACCUAUUCCCUUUGAAUAUACUCACAAGAAGCAGUCUGGUGGUGCAGGCCAGUAUGGCAAGGUUAUUGGAGUAUUGGAACCUUUGGAGCCCGAAAACUAUACCAAGUUAGAGUUUACUGACAGAACAAUUGGAACAAAUGUUCCACAGCAGUUUAUACCAGCCAUUGAGAAGGGUUUUCUCGAAGCCUGUGAAAAGGGUCCUCUUACAGCUCAUAAAAUCUCUGGGGUGCGAUUUGUAUUGGAAGAUGGUGCUCAUCACAUGGUGGAUUCCAAUGAAGUCUCUUUCAUCAGAGCCGGAGAGGGUGCAGUCAAACAAGCUAUGGAGAAGACGAGUGUGAUUAUUCUGGAACCCAUUAUGUCAGUGGAGGUGGUAGCUCCUAAUGAAUUUCAAGGAAUUGUCAUUGCUGGAAUUAAUCGUCGACAUGGUGUUAUCACUGGCCAGGAUGGAGCAGAGGGAUAUUUCACACUUUAUGCUGAUGUACCACUGAAUGACAUGUUUGGAUAUGCUUCAGAACUCCGGUCUUGCACAGAGGGUAAAGGUGAAUACACUAUGGACUAUACCAGAUACCAGCCAUGUCUGCCUAGUAUACAAGAAGAGCUGGUCAAUAAAUACCUAGAAGCAACUGGUCAACUGCCAGCUAAAAAAGGAAAAGCGAAGAACUAAAUGUCCUGUGAUUAUCAGUUAAUUUAGCAUUCGCUACAUCUCAAGAAGUGGCUGAACAUAGUGUCACUUUCCAGUUAACAAAUCAACCUAUUUUUGAAGACUGAUUACCAGGUUGUAAUGCAUGGACAGGUAUUUUAACAUGCUAUAACUCUGAAUUCACUGUGGUUUAGAGAUUAUAACAGACAUAAGUCAGAUGCGGUCCUUUUGGAAAAAAGUGUUUCCUCAAAAACUGUUUUCAGUUUCUAUUUCAUGACGACUAUCCUUAUUGUUUCUGUUAAAUUUUUCCUUAAGUAUUUUCUCAUCCAUGGAAGUACAAAAUCUUGUACCCAGACUACAAUUGGAUCGAACAUUGCAUUUCGUAAACCUAAUUAAUCUUGUAUUUUUGUGAUAAUUUAAAAGGGUACUACAUUAAUUUAAAAGUAUGAAACCACUGUUUUUGAAGAGGAAGAACUAAGUUUUGGUACACUGUCAUGUGUCAGUUACAAAACGUUAUGCUAUUUAUCUAGAUUAUUUACUGCAUUCUGUUUUAAUAUUUUCUGAACAGUGUUUCCAUAAAGAUUGUGUCCUUUUAAAUAUGCUGGCAUAUAAAAGUGACAUGCUUGCAUCUGAACAUUAAAUCAAACUGCCAAAAGUGAACUAAAAGCAGAAAAUGCAGGAAACUCUCAGCAGGUUAGGCAGCAUCUGUUGAAAGAGAAACUCAGCAAUUUCUGUUUUUCUUCAUAUUUUUGGUAUCUGCGUCUAAUUUACUGAGUUUUUUGAACAUUAUUUUUAUUUCAGAUUUCAAGCAUUUGCAGUUUUUUUUAUUUCCAGAGAUGGGUUGUGUCCCUGUGCUUUUGUCGUUUGGAAACAGUAAAAAUCUUUAAAUUAGAGGUUCAAGUAAAAUUGUAACCAGAAUUGUAAUAAAAACAAUUGUAUUCUGCAAAUGAAAGGUUGUUUUAAAUAUUUACUCUGAUUAAAAGUAAGUCUUCAUUUACUUUCUCUUUUGCCUGGGUGCUGCACUACACGCGGGGUGGGUGAAAUCUGUAGGUGACCUGCUUUCUACUCUCAUUCUCUGUCAGUUGCUCAGAAGUACAUAAACUUAACCAUUACCAUUUUUGUUCAUUGGAAAUGAACUUCUUGCCUGUAUUUCCUUUGUUGAUAAUGGAAGCUUAAAAUUGUGGGAAGCACUGACAUGGUAUGUUGGUACAUUAGAUUGCAUUGAUUAUGCCUUGCAGGCUUUGGUGAUUUAAUAAAUGGC